AUGAGUCUGCAACCAUUCUCCCCAUUGAUUGGAAGAAAAGUGAGAACCAGAUUGCUUGAUGACAACAAUUUUUAUGAAACUGUUAUAACAGAUUACAACCCUGUUGAGGGUCGACAUGCACUAGUUUAUGGUAUUAGUACAAUAAAAGAGACAUGGGAGUGGGUUAAUCUUGCAGAGAUAUCACCAGAGGAUAUACAAUGA